ACGACGAAGUUGACCUACCGGAAGAUAAACUUUUUCAUGUCAUGCGCAGAGAGAAAUUCCCAAACAGCAACAGUUUUGCGGCAAAAUAGGUCCUAGAAAUCAGUCAUUAAAUCUGCCAGGAUGGUAGACACAGAUCCUACAAUAAUAGGAAAAAUUUCCUACUACUGCAGGGAGAAUUAUUACUGUCACAUGGAAAAUGCAGCGGUCGAAGGCCUACAGAAGUUCAGUAAUGACCCUGUCCUAAAGUUCUUUAGGGCAUAUGCAAUUAUUUUACAAGGUCGGGUUCAAGAAGGAAUCCGGGAGCUUGAUGUAUUGAAAGACAAGAGAGAUGUUAAUAUUUGCUCUACAAUGGCUCUGAUUUAUGCACACAAGCACAGCCAAUCUGUUGAUCGAGAGGCUGUUCAAGAGUUGGAUGCCAAACUAAAGGAAGAGAGAAAACAAAGUGGAGAAAUGGGUUUGUACUAUGGAGGACUAUUUCUGUUGCUAAAUGGCAAACCAGACAAAGCCAGAGAAUACAUUGACAGAAUGCUAAAAAUGGCUACCACUAAAGAGGGAUUUGUUGCCAAAGGAUGGGUUGAAUUGUUGAGCGGCAGAGAGGCAAAGAAAGCAAUUAAAUAUUUUGAUGAUGCCAUUGGGACUGUUUCUGCUUUUACAAAGGGAAAGGCAAAGUACCUGGAGUCGCGACACAAUUUUACUGGUGCACUAGAACUAAUUAAUCAGCUGAUUGUGACCUAUCAGGGGUUCAUGCCAGCCCUGAUUGAGAAAAUGAAACUACAGCUCAAUCUUCAGGACUGGGACCAAGCCAUUGAAACAGCUCAAAGAGCAUUGGAUGCAGACCUUCACUGCACAGAAGCACUGAAGUACCAAGUUAUCUACCUACUGGCCAGGGAGGGCAACUACUCUGAGGCCUCCAACAAGAUAGGAGAUGUUAUAUCAGCCCUAGAUAGAUUUGAACCACGCAGUGCUUUCCUUUACUACCACAUGGCCCAGAUAUUUUGCAGAAUGUGUGGGAGGAAUGCCCUGGUUCUACAGCAGACCUAUACACUAGUGGAGCGAUCUGUCCAGCAGGAUCCAGAGAACACAGAGUAUAUAAACGAACUAGGCUUCCAGCUCCUCCUACAGGGAAAGGUCAAGGACGCCAUGAAAUGUUACAGGAACGCCAUGAAAAUCAACGACACCAGUGUUCAGUCUCUCACAGGUAUCAUUCGCUGUCAGCUGAUCGAGAACCAGCUGGAUGAUGCGGCUCAACAGUUAGAUUUCCUACAGGAAGUACAGCAGAGUAUAGGAAGGACAUCGGAACUGGCCUACCUGAGUGCUGCAUUGGCUAUAAAGAGAGGUGAAGGACCAGAGAAAGCCUACAAACUCUUGAAUGAAGCAGUGGAGAUUCAUUUCUCAGCCCUAAAAGGAAAUCCCCUUGGUCCUCAGUACUUCCUCUUGCUCAAUCCAGACUUUCUGCUCCAGAUGAUCAAAGACUUCUUAGUGUUUGCUCCCACACAACCAAUAAAGCAGGGUCAGCCCCCGGAUCCACUCCUGAAGCGCUGUAAUCAGGUACUGGAGGCCCUGACCCGGACUGUACCAGGACUUCUAGAGGCCCUGUACCUAAUGGCCAAAGUCAGGUUCCUUCAAGGUGACAUAGACGCGGCCCAGGGGACCCUGAAUCACUGCCUGGAGAUGGAGAACACGUACUCAGACGCCCACAUCCUGAUGGCUCAGAUCCACCUCUACCAGAACAACUUUAAACUUGCCAACCAGUCACUGGAGGUCGGACUCAGCUACAACUUCGAGGUGAGGGACCACCCCCUGUAUCAUCUGAUUAAGGCUCGCAUCCUGAAGAAGUCAGGAGAUUCAGCGGAGGCUGUUAAAACUCUUCAAAUGGCCAUGGCUCUGCCAGGGGUCAAAUCAGCUGGAAAGGGACAGAUGCCAAAGAAGGGGAAGAUGCUAGACAUCAGUACAAAUGACAGAGUGUCUGUGUACCUAGAACUGGCCGAGGCCCAUACUUCUCUGGGAGAAACACAUGAGGCAGCUAAGGUAAUGCAGGAUGCCAUUAACGAUUUCGGCGGCACCGCUGAGGAGGUGAGAAUCGCCAUUGCUAACGCUGACCUAUCCAUCGCCAGAGGGGACGUGGAGAUGGCCAUCACGAUGCUGCGGAACAUCACGCCAGAUCAGACAUACUACGUCAAGUCCAGGGAGAAGCUGGCAGACAUUUAUCUCCAUCACAAGAAAGACAAGAGGCUGUACACUGGCUGCUACAGGGAGCUAUAUGACAAACAGCCCAAUGUAGAGACAGCAUUAUUAUUGGGUGAUGCCUACAUGAGUAUUCAAGAGCCUGAUAAAGCCAUUGAGGUCUAUGAGAGAGCAAUGAAGAGCAAUCCAAAAGAAACUCAGCUGGCCAGCAAGAUUGGUCAAGCCCUGGUCAAGACUCACAACUAUGGAAAGGCAAUAAACUACUAUGAAGCUGCAUUAAGAAACGGCAACAAUCAAGGCUUUUUGAGACAUGACCUUGCCGAACUGUUGCUGAAAUUACGCCAAUACGACAAGGCAGAAAAGGUGCUGAAACAGUCCCUGGAAACAGAAGCAGCUUCAGACCUGGACACGAUGAUGGAGCACACCCGACUGAUGGUUCUACUGGCCAAAGUUUACCAGAAGGUGGACAGACUGGAGGAUGCCAUGACAGCUCUCACCAAGGCCAGGGACAUGCAGGCCAGGGUUCUGAAGAGAGUUCAGAUAGAACAGCCAGAUGCCAUUGGUCAGCAGAAACAGCUGGCUUCAGAUAUUUGUGUGACAAUGGCCGAACAAGUGAGGGGACAGAGAGAUUACGAGAAGGCCAUCAAGUUCUACAAAGAAGCUUUAGUUUAUAACGAGAAUGAUAGCAAGGUGAUGUUGGAUUUGGCUGGGUUGUAUUUAAUGACAGAAGAUUUAGAUUCAUGCCAACAUCAGCUAAUGACUCUCCUGAAAAAUGAGAAAGAAAAUGAUGCUGCAACAAUUAUGUUGGCUGAUCUUAUGUUCAGAAAGAAUGAAUAUGACUCAGCUGUUCACCAUUUCCAACAACUGUUAACAGUUAAACCAGAUAACUACGAGGCCUUGGCAGGGUUAGUAGACUUAAUGAGGAGAUCUGGAAAAUUGGAGGAAGUCCCAAAAUUCCUGGAAGCUGCAGAAAACGCCACAGGGCGGGCCUCCUUAGAGGCGGGAUAUAACUACUGUAAAGGACUUCAUGAAUGGUACACUGGUAACCCUACUGCGGCCCUGAAGUCUUUUAACAAAGCCCGUAAAGACAAUGAAUGGGGAAAUCUGUCUAUCUACAACAUGAUUGAGAUCUGUCUGAACCCUGACAAUGAUACACUGGGUGGAGAGGUGUUUGAAGACGAAGGAACGGGAGCUGUGGACAGAGACAAGAUGGAGAGUGAACAGGUAGCUGUUAGAACCGCUGAAAAAUUACUCAAGGAAGUGAAGGCUAAGCCUGGGGACCUGAGACCCAAAAUGUUGGAGAAUAUGGCUCUGAUUGCCUCAAAACAGAAACAGAAUGUGGAGAAAGCCCUGAAUAACUUAAUGGAAAUCAGUGCUAAUGAGCGAGAACAUGUAGGUGCUUUGUAUGGAAUAGCAGCAGCAUACAUGGUGCUGAAGCAGACACCCAGAGCCAGGAACCAGUUAAAGAGGAUUGUUUCUUUUAUAUCUGUUGAUGCAGAAGAUCUAGAAAAGGGUUGGCUGUUAUUGGCAGACAUCUAUAUACAGACUGGGAAAUAUGAUAUGGCCACAGAACUACUGAAAAGAUGCCUUCAACACAAUAGGUCCUGUUGCAAGGCACAUGAAUAUUUGGGGUAUAUUUUUGAGAAAGAACAGUCUUACAAGGAUGCUGCCUCCAGUUAUGAAAUGGCCUGGAAAUACGGAAAUAAAAACAACCCCGUUAUAGGUUUUAAGUUGGCAUUCAAUUACCUGAAGGCAAAGAGAUUUGUAGAUGCAAUUGAUAUUUGUCAUCAUGUUUUAGGUAAUCAUCCAAAUUACCCCAAAAUUAGGAAAGAAAUUCUAGAUAAAGCAAGAGCAUCUCUACGUGUAUAGCAUCAAAGUGACCCAGAUCUAUUGACACAGACUGAUGAAUCACUUCCUGUCAUGUGACUGAUGACUCACUUUGUCAUGUGACUGACACCAUACUGUGAUAUGUAGAAAUCUCAUCCUGUAUUCCGUCCAGUGGAAGAGAAACUAAAUGUUGUGGAUUUUUUUGUGAUAGAAAUAAAUUAUUUAUUGACACU